AUCUCCUCAACCACAUACACACACAUCACCAGGAGCAGUUUUGAACAGGACCAACAACCCAUCUCCCAUUCACCUAUAUAUACCCCUUACCGUCCUCGUUUCUACAACUUCAGACCCUUGGUCAUUACCUCCCAUGUCCUAAUGUCGUUGACCCAGACCGACAGCUAUUCGAAAGUCUGCUUCGUCUCUGACACAGCCGACUGACAUCGACGUGACUCUAGCCCCCCCAGUCGUCAUCAGCAUUGAGAACAUCAUCCACAACACCCACCGCCACAAAUCUCCGGUAGACCUGUCGUCGCCCCUGACCAGAACCGGCGCAUCACACCGAAAUAGCUAUCGUCGACACCGAGGGUCGGUAAUAGACCACUUCGGCAUCCUCGAAAGGAGGGACACACCAAGGACACCCUCUCAUACGUUCCACACCGCAACCAUGUGUCGCAAGACCAUCUACUACAACACCUACGGCGACGGCGCCGAGGACGUGACUGAGCGCGUCGACACUUGCCGCCCCGGGAAGAUGUGCUCUUACCCAGAUCUGCGCGAGUACAACCGCAACUUCCGCUUCACCAAGCUCCAAGAGCUCUCCAACCCUGGGCCCAGCAGCCAGGCCGACCGCCUGCCAACCCCUUACGCCGCCGACUACCACCUGAACGUCCUGCCGCCGACUCCGCGCCGGUCAAAGUCUCCCUCGCCGUCGCGCAGGCGCGAGUCGGGGGUCUUCGUUAACGGCGCCAAGAUCGCCGACGUGACGGGCAGGAAGAGGCACACCACCGCCGCCGGCCCCGGCAGCCGCGACCGCGUCGUGGUCGUGCCCCACGCCCCAGAGCCGCCCUCCCCGCGGCCCACCCUCAAGCGCUCCGGCACCAUGCCGGAGUUCGACGCUCGGGCGGGCCAGCUGCAGCGCCGCAACUCGUCGCGCGAGAUCCCCCUGGGUCCCGUGCACAUCCUCGAGGGCCUGGCCAGCCGCCGGCCCUCCACCCGGACCACCCGCGACCACCACCACCAGGAACGGCGCUCCCGGUCUCCCUACAUCGAGGAGGACCGCGAGGAGCGCGAGGAGCGCCGCCGCCGGAGGGCAGAGCGGCGGGCCUCGACCGUCUACGUCAGCGGCGGCAGCGACUACUCGUCGUCGGCACCAGCCACCAGCGCGGCAUCGCAGCAGCGCAAGGAGCUCCGGUGGAAGGACCAGGUGGACGCCGAGAUCGCGGCGCAGAACCAGCGCAUUGCGCGCCGGCCAAAGGUGCGCCUGCACGUGCACCAGGACCAGGAGGCGCCAGCCAAGAAGGGCAUCCUGAAGAGAGAGGCCACCGCCGCCGGCGACGGCGCGUACGAGGAGCUGCGCAGCGCGGUCGAGCGGAUGGGCAUCCAGGGCGGCGGGGGCGCCGGGAGGGAGGAGAAGCGGUACUGGGACCGGCUCAGGGAUCGGUUCGAGGAGCCGAGGGAGCGGAGGAGGCGCUCUAGGGUGUAUUACCCCGGAGAGGGCACGUAUAAGUACAUGUGAGGAGGGGAUGGGAUGGGAUCAGGGUUCAUUUCAUUGCAUGUUUUGGGAGUUCUGAUUGGCAUUAAUAACGGAGUCUGUUUGGGAUGUGCCUGUGACAACGGUCGGGCUUUUGCAGGAUUUAUGGCUUUGCUUUGGAAAUGAGGGCGUCAAGGGCCGUUACCGGUGUCUAGCGAUUUAGGAUUUAAUGUGUAAGGCAACAAAGGUUUUUGGAAUCAACUAAACCACCACAUUUCCGAUCGUCACUUGCCUCCUUUAGCGACCUGCUCUAAGUGAUGCACCGCGAUGCAAGACCACUGCAGCUCCAGCCGUUGCCCGAAAUCUCCAUCCGAACUGCUCCUCGGUGUUGUCGUUGCGGCUUCUGUCCCAGACAACAGAGAGGCAGCUCAACAGCCCCAGUCCAUCCCAUGACCAAAGCCCUCAACA